GCCAUUGCUUUCCGCCAUUUUGCCUGGUCGGGAGUGAACGUAAAGCUAUUUUUAUGUAUUCUAAUGUGGCAAAUAGUUGUUUAGAUUAAAAAUUAGUGUUUCAGUACACUAAUGGCUUGCUUAAAUACACUUAAGUUAGAAAUAAAGACUUUAGAACAAGUGUUUCCAAAAAGCCAUGAGCGGUUUCAGAUAAUGUCAGCCAGUGUCGAUGAACUGACCUGCAGAUUCGUUGGCAAAAAUGGAAAGAAAUAUGAAAUACACGCAAAUAUCACGGAAACGUAUCCAACCACACCCCCCGUGUGGUUUGCCGACAGCGAGGAUCCCAUUGUGACGAACGCUGUACAGAUCCUCAGCCUCACACAGGGGAGGGACAACCAUGUAAUAAACCAGGUGGGUAUAUUGCUGAGGGAACUAUGCAAACUACACGGCGUACCAGAACCGCCGGACUUGGAUUCCCUGUCGCUGCCACUUCACCCAGUACCGCAACAUAGAUUACCAAGCGUGACGUCAAACGGCGCCGAGUCUGGCACUGAGGAGGACGAGGAGAUGGCGGCAGAGGAGGACGACUCGGAGGGAGAAGAUGACUUGCCGCUUGAGAUGGUUGAUGAUGCUGGACGCAGCAACAAGGACGACAUGGAGAUAGAGCAUUUAGCGACGCUAGAGCGGCUGAGACAGAACCAGAGACAAGACUACCUGUCGGGGAGCGUGUCCGGCAGCUUGCAGGCCACCGACCGCCUCAUGAAGGAGCUGCGCGACAUAUACCGCAGCCAUUCCUUCAAAAGCAACAUGUAUUCUAUAGAAUUAAUAAACGACUCACUGUACGAGUGGAAUAUAAGACUGCGCUCCGUGGACCCGGACAGCCCUCUGCACAAUGACCUGUUGGUGUUGAAGGAGAAGGAGGGCAAGGACUCGAUACUGCUGAACAUCAUGUUCAAGGAGACGUACCCCUUCGAGCCACCCUUCGUACGUGUUGUAUAUCCUAUUAUAUCAGGCGGUUACGUGCUAGUGGGCGGAGCCAUUUGCAUGGAGCUGCUGACCAAGCAGGGCUGGUCGUCCGCGUACACGGUGGAGGCGGUGAUCAUGCAGAUCGCCGCCACGCUGGUGAAGGGCAAGGCGCGGAUCCAGUUCGGCGCCACCAAAGUGGUGUCGCAGUCACAGUACAGCCUGGCGCGCGCACAGCAAAGCUUCAAGUGCCUAGUGCAGAUACACGAGAAAAAUGGUUGGUUCACGCCGCCAAAGGAAGACGGCUAAUGCACGACGCCCGCCGCAACGCUAAGAUUAAUGUGCAACAUGCGUCGCUAGCACCGUACACGCACCGCGCCGCGACACGACGCGACCGUCGCGCCGCGACGCGACUGUCGCAUUCCAAAGUUUGUACGGUGCGUUUGUGUACGGAACGGACAAUCGGCACAGUAUUUGUGUACUUUUAUCGAUGUAUUAAGUGCUAUUAUGUCAGUGCGGACGUCGUGAGAGACCAUAUAAGACUUAUAGAAAAAAAAUGUGUAAUGUUUUUGUAAUCAUUAAUUUUUCUCAUCAAGUUAUCCAUAAUAGACCUUAGACGUUACUGGAGUGUGAAGUCGGAAAAAAAUAUCUUUGCAUUUCUUUUUAGUUAAUGAUAAAAUAAAAGAAAACCUGUGAUUCGUAACUAU